AUGCAUUUAAUACAUUCUCUUGACUUCUUAAAUAUUCUUUCAGGAACAAUCGAUCGAGUUGGUAAUCAACCAGUUCAUACUCCAUUUCGACCACAUUUUGGCAUGUAUUUUAAAACUCAAUUACUUGAAACAUCAAAAGGUCGUGAUUUAGAUUUUGAUCGUGCUGUUCAUGCUUAUUAUUCACCUUAUCAUACAUUUAUUGAUUCUUUAGCACGAUAUGCUUAUAAUCAAAAUUCUCUCAGUGGUUCCAUAUUAAAUCUUGUAACACUUGUUGCUUGUGAAGGUGUACAAAGUAUGCAUUUACAUUUAUUUGCUAAAUUAUGUCUUGAAAUUUCCAAUCAAUCAAAAACAAGUGCACAAACUUUAAUACAUGAUUUAUUACAAACAUCAUCAUCAUAUUAUUUUCAUCAUUUUAUUGAAAUUGUUUUAAUUGAUGAACGUAUAUCAUUAUAUCAAAUAGAUAAUUAUUCAUUUCUUUAUACAUAUUUACCAAUGAUAUUAAAUAUGAAAAAAACUUUAUCAACAACAACAACAGCAGCAGCAACAACAGCAACAGCAGCAGCAACAACAACAACAACAACAAUAACAACAACAACAACAACAUCAAAUGAUUCUAUACAUGCGUUCAUACAACGUCUUGAACAAUUAUUAAAUAAAACAUGUGAACAUUGUUUACAAUCAAUAUAUAAUGAAUCCCAAACAAAUUUAGAUUGGUUACAAUCAUAUAAAAAAUUAUCUAAAUCAAUUAAUUAUUCUCAUAUGCAAAUUAUUGGUGAUAUUAAAGCAUUAGAAAUAUAUUUACAUUGUCAAUUAACUAAUGAUAAAAGUAAAAUACAAAAUAUAAUUGAACAGAGUAUACGAUUUAUUGAACAACAUUUACAAUUACCACUAUUAAUUGAUGAUGAACAACAACAAUUACAACAACAAGAAAGUGAAACAACCAUAACAACAACAACAACAAUUGUUGAUGAUGAAAGUAAUCCAAUAAAAAAACGACGUUUAGAUGAUAAUAAUUUAACAAUUGAUAUAACAAAUAAUGAUCCAAAACGUAAAGCUAUUAUGGAUGCAUUACAAAUUUUACAAACAUUUUUGACAAAUAUGAAUAAUAUAACAAAUGAAUCGACCACAAUUGAACAAUAA